AUGGACGACAAUGAUGACGUAAUUGACGAAAAUAGAAUGGCGGACCAACUAAUAACCCGUAGGACAACGCUUCUGGCGCAAUUGGAACGUGCAGAGCAGUUCGUUACCCAAUACGACGCCGGACGGGAUGAGCUCGAGGUGUCACUUCGCCUGGAGAACCUGGAUAUGCUGUGGGCAUCAUUGGACGAGGUGCAGACAACGCUUGAAAACAUGGAGACAACUAAUGAGGGUAAGGCCGCCAACCUCCAACACCGUGCUUUGUAUGAACCGAAGCUUUUCAGAAUAAAAUCCCAGCUGAAAGCUAAACUGCCUCCCCCAGUCCAUCUAACUGCUAGCCGCCCUCAAGAUAUCCCCUCUCGCGCACCGUCCACCUUGUCUAGUUUGAAGUUGCCAACCAUCUCUCUUCCCGAGUUCGACGGUGAUUACAGACAAUGGCUGACAUUCCACGACACCUUCCUGGCCCUCAUUCACGAAAACGACGAGCUGCCUUCGAUACAGAAAUUUCACUACCUUCGUGCGGCCGUUAAGGGUGAAGCAGCGCAAUUGAUCGAAUCGAUUGCAAUAAGUGCACUGAACUAUCCUCUGGCUUGGGAGGCGUUGAUUAGCCGUUACUCCAACGAAUAUUUGUUGAAAAAGCGGCAUCUACAGGACCUGAUGGAAAUUCCCCGGAUGAAAAAGGAGACGUCAGCCGCAUUGCAUUCCACUCUGGACGACUUUCAGAGACACAUUAAGAUCCUGCAGCAGCUAGGUGAACCUACGGCGACCUGGAGCACAUUGUUAGAGCAUCUGUUAUGCAUGAGAUUACACGACGACACAAUUAAAGCAUGGGAGGAUCAUGCUGCUAGCGUUGACGAUCAGAGCUACGCCUGCCUAGUCGAAUUUUUGGAAAAACGCAUACGAACCACUUCGCUCGAGAUUGUCAAUCCAACUAUUCCUGCCGUGUGUGCAAACGGCGACAUCACUCGCUCUUGCAUACUGGAUUCCAAAGCUCAUCUGGUCAAGCCAAGCACAUCCCAAUGCAACAGCCAACGAAGAGUACAAACAGCUUCAGCAACAGCCAAUCCUGAUGUUCAAACCAAUAGUAUUGUUCGACACCAACCACCACCCAUCUUCAUGCUGACAGUUGUUCUUCGCGUCGUUGAUGCUUAUGGGAAGGAGCACUACGCACGUGCUCUGUUAGAUAGUGGCUCCCAACCAAAUUUAAUGUCAGAUCGACUAACUCAAUUGCUGCGACUGAAAAGACGGAAGGCAAACGUUCUGGUACAAGGUAUUGGAGAGAAGCCUGAACAUGCAACUGAUUCAGUUUUCACCGAAAUUCGCUCCCGGAAAGGGAAUUUUACACGAAAUGUGUCGUUCCUGAUUCUUCGAAGGAUGACAUCUAGUAUCCCUGCCAAUACUAUUCCAGUAGACCACUGGAACCUCCCGGAAGAUAUUUUCCUAGCUGAUCCCGGCUUCAAUCGUUCCAGUGAUGUAGAUAUGAUCGUGGGAUCUCAACAUUUCUUCGAGUGCUUUCCCUCCGCCGCUCGUAUUCAGCUUUCCGAUUCUCUUCCUAUUCUUGUCGACAGUGUGUUCGGCUGGAUUGUCGCUGGUGGAACUGAUAUAGCAACAUCAUCGGUAAACUCCCCAAAUUGCAAAACAGUGUCUGUGUCAUUGGUCUCCCUUGAAGAAAGCAUGGAAAGAUUCUGGAGAAUCGAAGAAAUCUCCACCAAGCCCGCAUUGUCAGUUGAGGAAAAGUUUUGCGAAGACUAUUACCAGUCGACUGUUUCCCGAAAUAAAGAUGGAAGGUAUGUGGUACGCUAUCCAAAAAGGGAGAAUUUUGAAUCUUGUCUUGGAGAAUCUAAGCCCGCAGCAUUUCGUCGGUUUACCCUACUGGAACGAAGAUUUGCCAACGAUUCUGAGCUGAGGAUGAACUACGACGAAUUUAUGGAGGAAUAUUGUUCACUGGACCACAUGCAACUUGUUAAAAAAGGCAAUAGAAAAGGUUUGCUGUCCUAUUACCUCCCACACCAUCCUGUCAUUAAGGAGGCCAGCACUACCACUAAAACCCGCGUCGUGUUCGACGGUUCAAGCAAGACGAGUUCUGGAUAUUCUUUAAAUGAUUUGUUGUGCGUGGGACCCGUUAUUCAGGACGACUUGUUGACACUUGUGAUCCGUUUCCGCAAAUAUCCUGUUGCCGUUGUUGCUGACAUUGCGAAAAUGUAUCGCCAGAUACUCAUCCAUUCUGAAGAUACGCCUCUCCAACGAAUCAUCUGGCGGUUCAAUGGACAUGAAAAUCUAUCUACGUACGAACUGGUGACCGUCACCUACGGUCUGGGUCCCUCAUCCUAUUUGGCUACACGUACCCUCCAACAACUUGCAGACGACGAAGGUGGUUCUUAUCCUCUCGGCAGACUUGCAUUGAAAAAAUCCUUCUAUGUGGAUGAUCUCAUCGGUGGUGCUGACUCCGUUCCUGAGGCUAUUCAGAUGCGUAAUGAGUUGACAGAGCUGCUUGCGAAGGGAGGGUUUCCUAUACGAUUAAUUGCACCAAUAGUCGUAAGAGGAAAAAUGCUGAUGCAGGAGUUGUGGCUGUCAUCGUGUUCCUGGGACGAUAAUAUACCGGAUUCUUUGAAGCAUAAAUGGGAGCAGUUUUACAGACAGUUGCCUCGGCUUGCCGACUUCCGAAUUAAUCGGUAUGCAUUCCAGCCUAGCUCCGAGAUCCAGCUUCACACCUUCGCUGAUGCAUCUGAAUCAGCUUACGGCGCAUGUACGUAUGCCCGAUCCGUUGAUAAGGCUGGGAAUGUUUGUAUCCAGUUGCUGGCCGCGAAAACGCGUAUUGCGCCACUUAAACGAUUGUCGCUUCCCAAACUCGAAUUGUGUGCAGCACUCGUUGCAGCUCAGCUUUACGUGCGAAUUGUUGAAGCCUUGGACAUGUCCAUUUCCAACUCUUUCUUCUGGUCUGAUUCUACAGUGACCCUUCAAUGGCUAAAAUCUCCUCCUAGCACGUGGAAAACGUUUGUAGCCAAUAGGGUAUCAGAGAUACAAACGAGUACUCAUGGAGCACGCUGGAACCAUGUCUCAGAUUCCGAAAACCCCGCAGACCUAUUGUCACGUGGAAUGCAUGUCGAUGACUUCCUUCGAUGUGUGCUUUGGAAGACAGGCCCAGAGUGGCUUUCACGACCGCACGAGAAUUGGCCAACUUCAAAGCAGAUCGAAUCAACCGAAGCAGAUAAUGAACGCAAGUCAGUGAUAGUUGCUGUUGUUCGAGUCGAGGAGAAAUACAACCAGAUUUUCGCACGAUAUUCCGAGUUUUCACGCUUAGUGCGCUUAGUUGCGUACUGCCAGAGGUUCAUACAAAACACCCGUAACAAAACCAGAACUUGUCCCAUGGUUUACAGCGGACCCAAUCCCACUAUUUCGCUUUCUGUUGAACAACUCUCCCAAGCCAAGACUUUACUGCUGCGUCUCGCCCAAGCUGACUGUUUUCGAGACGAAUUAAGAGAUCUUCAACAAAACCACCCGGUGAAAAAACAGUCACCCAUCCGGCUCCUGAAUCCUUUUCUAGACACCCAAGGGGUACUGAGAGUGGGAGGGCGGCUAAGGUUAUCAGAACGGUCAUACGAAUCGAAGCACCCAGCGCUACUUCCUAGUUUCCACCCCCUCGCCAAACUAAUAGCCAAAUCAUUCCACGUGAAACUAAUUCAUGGUGGCGGCCGUGUAACACUAGCCACUAUGCGCGAAGAAUAUUGGCCACUCAAUGGACGACGAUUGGUACGCAGCAUCAUCCGUAAUUGCAUUCAGUGCACCCGAGCAAAUCCCGUCCCGGUACGCCAGCAAAUUGGUCAACUUCCAACAGCAAGGGUCACCCCAAGCAGACCGUUCGCAGUGACGGGAGUGGACUAUGCAGGGCCUAUCUAUCUCAAGGCCAUACAUAAACGAGCCUCGCCUACCAAAGCUUAUAUAUGCUUGUUUGUAUGCUUUGUAACAAAAGCAGUUCACCUUGAACUGGUGCACGAUCUUUCUACUGCAGCUUUCCUCGCUACUCUUCGUCGCUUCGUGGCGCGCCGCGGCCGGCCUACCCACUUGUAUUCAGACAACGGCAAGAAUUUCAUUGGAGCGAAAAACGAACUGCACCAGUUGUACCAUAUGCUUAAUGAUUGCACGGAAGCGGGAAGGAUUCAGCAAUCGUGCGCGGACGCACAAAUGAUUUGGCACUUGAAUCCGCCAAAAGCACCACAUUUCGGCGGGCUCUGGGAGGCGGCUGUGAAGGUAGCCAAAUCACAACUAUAUCGCCAGCUCGGCAAUUCACGCCUUUCUUUCGAGGAUAUGACCACCGUAUUAACCGAGAUAGAAGCAGCAAUGAACUCCCGUCCGCUGGUCCCAAUGACCGAAGACCCAGAGGACUACUCCGUUAUUACGCCAGCACACUUCCUAAUUGGGUCAAGCAUGCACGCUGUACCUGAUCCCAAUGUUCGCGGAAUCCAACUCAGUCGUCUCGACCACUAUCAACGGUUGCAGCAGUUAUUCCAGCAGUUCUGGCACCAUUGGAGAACGGAGUAUCUCCAAGAACUCCAGCGUGAUACCGUCAAAUCCCACCCAACCACUGAAAUUCAACCUGGAAGGCUGGUGCUAAUAGUCGACGAAUUUCAGCAUCCAGUACGCUGGCCUAUAGCCCGCAUCAUAGAAGUACAUCCAGGUAAAGACAAGCUUGUGCGAGUCGUCACUUUGCGGACACCAAAGGGAAUUCUGAUCCGGCCAGUUACGAAGAUCUGCUUGUUGCCGCAUGAGUCUAUAGAUCAGCUAAGCAGCGAGUGA